AUGGCCGAUGAUGCCUCCGGCAUGUCGGCGUCCACACCCGCACUCUCGCCGUCAAAGCUCUGCUCAAGGACCUACAAGAAAGCUUCACAGCUCUUUCUGACACGGCGAUUACAAGAAGCCCUCGUUUCCAUAGAGCCCGUAAUCACGGCCAAGAGCGGCAAUGACGACCCGGAAGCCAAUGGCACCAGCCUGCCACCAAUCGCUACAGUUCCUGCCACCUGGCGGAUCAAAAUUUGGAAUCUGUAUAUUACACUUCUAAGCGCUAUCAUUGAUCUGGGUCCGGAAGAAGGGAAGAAGACAAUUGGGCAGAAAGAAUGGAAGGAUGUCUCCACGCAAGUUCGCGAUGGAAGCAUCUGGGAGAAGGUGGUGCAGAUGGGCUACCAGGGCCGAGAGGGAUCGAUUGAUGCGGAGGUUGUCUACAACUUGGGUACACUUCUUCUGAAUCAUUCUCCCUCGCAAACAGUCAAUCAGCAACGACUCGAAACCUACCUCUCGUCAUACGGACAACCGAACCUCGAUAUCGAAGAGCACUUGAACUCUCCCACCAGCUCCCAACGACACCACAUACGUAACGGCGGCACAGAUACGCCGAAAGACCUAGCUGCGCGAGUUAGACUCAUCGAGCUCUUUACGCUCCACGUUCUACCGAGAAACGAAGAGUGGGAUUAUGCCCAAGAGUUUAUCAGUUUGAGCGAGGUCCUCGACGAGGAGCGAAAGGAAGUCUUCUUACAGACGCUGGACGGACUGAAGGAAGAGAAAGAGCAAGGCAAGCUGCGCGCUGCAGCCCUACAGCGCGAAAAGGACGCCGAGCUAGAGAGACAAAUGCAGGAGGCUGAACGACAAAAAGCGGAGGAGGCUGCGGCUGCAGAAAGAGCUGCCCAAACUAAGAGCCACAAGCGCAGCGGUAGUGAGGUAGACUACGGGAUCGAGAAAAAUCAUCCAACCGGGAGCCUCCGAGGUAAAAAGGGCGAGAAGGCAGGCAGCAGUAAAGCCGGCUCUUCGUCAAGGACGGCCCUCUCACCUCCCAAUUCAAAGAAUCUCAAAAAGCCGGAAAAGCCCGAGACCCGGGCGAGGCAAUCACAAGCCCUGGCUACAGUGCUGCGAAACCUCGUACAGUAUCUGGGCAAUUCAAUAUCCAAGAAUCCUCUUUCGUUCCUGCGAUCAGUGCUGUUCCUCUUGGGUAUCGUCUUUGCCCUAAACAGACCGAACGUCCGGGAGCGGAUCAAGAGGAUAGUUGGGUCUGGAUGGCAGAAGGUCAGGGGAACUGUCGGGAUGGGCGUCAAGGUGAGUUAUAUAUGA